UAGAAUAAUUUAUUACGCAGUUUAGGAUAAUUAACGCAUCAGAUUAGGAUUAUUAGGUUAAGGCUAGGAAAAUAGGUAGGUUUAGCUGAUAUUCAAAAAAUGUCAAUAAUAUACUGUUAUCGACAAUUUGACAAAAGCUAUAUCCCAUCUUGGCAUGACCUUGUUUAGCUGGCUAUCUAGCUAUUUGUCCUGUAUUUUUAAACGUUUUCUAAUUUUAGCAGCCCGGUUUAUUAACCCGAAUAUUUGGUCUCGGGAAUAAAACAGUAGCACCGAUGACCGACUGCGAGGGACUUCAAGACGUUUCAUGUAGUUUUUACUCUUGAAGAAUAUGGAGGUAGUGGACAGUCCUCUUAACCUCGCCCAUCAGCAGUCCAGGAAGGCAGACCGCUUGUUGGCAGCUGGUAAAUAUGAAGAAGCUAUUUCCUGCCAUGGGAAAGCUGCAGAUCUGCUGAGGGAAGCCAUGAAGUUAACAGAGUGUGAACAGGCUGGUUUGUCCAUGGCCCUCCAGAGGGACAGCCACGUGAAGCAGCAGCGGCUUAUUGAGGAGAAGUGGAAGAGGACCAGACAGGAGGGCAAUCCCAUGGUCCUCCUGAGCCACCCCUCUACCGACCAGCCCCCCGGCCUCGUGACCAACGAGCCCCCCCGCCACCCAGAGAGGGAGUACGACACCUGGCUGUACCUCCUGAAGAACAAGGGCUCCCCCCCUCCCCCCACACCCUGCCCCGGCAGCAAGGCCCACAAGGAUGAUAAGACCCGUCUGGAGGAGCAGCAGACCACCAUCGCCAGCCUGCGGCGCCACAUAGACAUUCUGCUGGGAGAGAACGAGAAACUGACCCAGGACAACAAGCGCCUGCGAGGGGAGAACAUCCGACUGAAGAGGGAUGCAGUGGACACAGACCUACUGGAGAAAUCAGAGCUGUGGGUUCUUCCCCAGUCAGAGGAGAGGAGGAACAAGGACAUCUCCAUACCUAACCUGCCCCCUCUGGAGAUGCCCACCCAGGACAUCUCUCUGGACGACCUGCCUGCCCUGGAGCUCCCCGAGGACAUCCAGCACGAACUGCAGGCGCUGCUGGACAGAGACGACAAGCUGUGAUGGGACAGGCGGACGGACAGCCCAGUACGAACUAACUUAAGGAAGCCUCUCUACAGAGAGACUGUCCAGACUGGACUGGAAGAAAGCUGGCAAAUCUCAAUAAAAGUGUUUGAUUGGUCGGUGGACUCAGGCACUAGAUAGCAACCACAAAUGGUCACCGUGACAAGUUGGUAGGUCAUUUCUCCUAGUUCUGUCUGUCUCCUCAGUGUCUCUACUAGUGGGUACUACAUCUCGUUCUCUCUCACACACACACACACAAACUCUUUGCAGAAAUUGUGCCUUUGAAAAUGAAGUCAAGAGGGAGGUGACCAUCAUCAGUGAUCUCCCUGCUUUGAUAACAGGCCUCUAUAUCUGGAGGCCCUGAUUGGUUGACUGGGACGACCUGCUAACCCUCUGAUACCCACCAGUGACGACCUACUGACCCUCUGAUACCCACCAGGGACGACCUACUGACCCACCAGGGACGACCUACUGACCCUCUGAUACCCACCAGGGACGACCUACUGACCCUCUGAUACCCACCAGGGACGACCUACUGACCCACCAGGGACGACCUACUGACCCUCUGAUACCCACCAGGGACGACCUACUGACCCUCUGAUACCCACCAGGGACGACCUACUGACCCUCUGAUACCCACCAGGGACGACCUACUGACCCACCAGGGACGACCUACUGACCCUCUGAUACCCACCAGGGACGACCUACUGACCCACCAGGGACGACCUACUGACCCUCUGACACCCACCAGGGACGACCUACUGACCCUCUGAUACCCACCAGGGAUGACCUACUGACCCACCAGGGACGACCUACUGACCCUCUGAUACCCACCAGGGACGACCUACUGACCCUCUGAUACCCACCAGGGAUGACCUACUGACCCACCAGGGACGACCUACUGACCCUCUGACACCCACCAGGGACGACCUACUGACCCUCUGAUACCCACCAGGGACGACCUACUGACCCUCUGAUACCCACCAGGGACGACCUACUGACCCUCUGAUACCCACCAGGGACGACCUACUGACCCU